UUUUGGUGCUCCAUUGGUCAAAGACUUUCAAAAAGUUGUAAAAUUUGGUUAAAUUCCAAGAUCACGACCACAUAGUCAAAAAACCAACGCUUCAUCCACAUUUUCCAUUCACUCAUUGAUUGAUUGCCACAAAAAAUAAUAAGCGCUUCUCAACAAAUCGGGCACUGUUUGAUUUCGGUUUCGGGUUGCACCUACUCCCUUCGACGCUGUCCCUGUCUUUCUAGUGAGCGUUGGGUUGUCAGGUAGGAAGGGUGCGGGAGGGGAGAGUCUGAAAGAGGUGAUGGCUCACACCGAAAGAGUUCUGCCAAACUGUGUAUAUGCUCCUAAUCCCUACCAUGAAUGCACCGAUGCUUGCUUGCAAAAGAUCAAGGAAACCAAGCCUGGCAAGCCAACUAAACAGAGAAAGAGUUUUGAUUAUCGCAGAACUGUCACAGAUGGUGAACUUGGGAAAAAGAUGAAUGAUGAAAAACGCAGGACCUCAGGUUGCCCCAAAGCAUCUAAUCCUUACCAUGUGUGCGCUGAAAGUUGCCAAAAAAGAAUGUCUGCAGCUGAUUCAGGUGCCAUGUCAUUGAACUUUGACAGGAAAAAGAAGCUUGGUUCUAAGCCAGAACCCCCCGUUCUUGACAGUGUUCCACCCUCAAAAAUUGGAGCUAUUUAUCUCUCCGAUGCUUCAUCACCGUUAUCAAAUUAUUCUGAAAAGACAAAGGAGGAGCCAAAAAGCAAUGAGCUAAUACCAGUUUCUGGAGAAAUACAAGUCCUAGAUGUCAUGGCUAUGAAUGACAAGGUCCAGUCAAAGGAUGGUGCUGAGCAACCGGCCAAUGCGAUAAGAACAAAGCACAAUGGGGACAAAAAUGCUUCACAUAAAGUUGUUCCAAUCAGCUCUGUUGACGACACGAGAGGUCUUACUAAACCAGAUGGCGGGUCCAUGAAUUAUUGCUUUUCUGGUGGCCUCAAUGACAAUGAUGAGAGUGAUGGAGAGGAGACCGAGUCUGUGGUCUCGGAGGCUCGUGUCCCGGUUGGAAAAUACCAUGUGAAAGAAAGCUUUGCUCCCAUUCUGCGGUCCAUCUUUGAAAAGUAUGGAGAUAUAGGAGCAAGCUGCCACUUGGAAUCAGUGGUCAUGAGGUCAUACUAUAUUGAGUGUGUGUGCUUUGUGAUACAAGAGUUGCAGUGUACUCCAAUAAUGGAACUAACAAAGUCCAAAGUCAAAGAACUUUUGGCUAUUCUCAAGGAUGUAGAAUCUGCUCAACUUCGUGUGGCGUGGUUGCGCAGCAUAGUUGAUGAAGUUGCUGAGAACAUAGAACUAGUCCAUGAGCACCGUGUGGUGGAGAUGGCAAAGGUUAACUCUGAUCGCGAAAUGGAAGCAUUGAACAAAGAUCUGGAAUCAGAAAUGGAAAUCUUGGCUCAGAAAGAACAAGAGGUAAAAGAUGUUAAAACAAGAAUUGAACAGAUCAGAGUGCGUUUGAAGGAGCUUGAGGUGAAGUCUUCUGAUUUGGACAAGAACAUGCUGGCACUCAAGUCCCGGGCAGUGCUUAAAUUAGAUACCAAAUCCUUGCUAGAUGAACUAGUGUGAUGUUACUGUUUUGUCAAUUAGUCUUUCAAUUUCGUUAUCAGAAUUAAGGUAAUGUUUAAAUUGUAGAAAUAUGAUCCUGAAUAAACACGUCAUACAUUUUUAAGCUAGAGAAUGGUAUGAAUACAUAUUGCACCCACACACAUGCACCUUUUUAAGCUGUACUUCAAUUUAUAUAAUUUUUAUUUAUUUAUACCUUAAUAUCCCAACAGCAUUGGGUUGAAACUUGAAAUUUCGGUCAUUACUAGAAUUUAGUUUGUCUGGAUAUUAUUUUCAUGUAAAUUUUAUACAUUUUGCCCCAAUUAUAAAAUAUUAGUGGUCCAUGUUA